CUUGGUUGGAAGGACACAAGCAUGGAUGAACCAUGGCUGUCGUUGCUAAGCACAACACAAGAAACUUCUGAACGGACUGUGACGUUUUUUUCUCAUCAGGUUCUCCUUCAUUAGUAGGUUAGUACGUUCGGCUUUACACUACGAUGUAACGUCGUGUUCGCCCAGUCGCCUCGCCUCAUGUCGGAGCGCCCACAGGGCAAUCUCCUGCCUCUCAUUCGAGCGGGCCACGUCGUCUCCAUCUGGCAUGACGUCAUCCUCUUCUCCCCCACUCCCGCCGCCGCCAGUCCCUGCUGGUCCCGCGACGAGCUCCCCGCGCCGCUCAACUUCGUCUGCACGUCGUCCAAGUCGUCGUCGUUCGCCGCGUCGCUCUCGGGUCGUCGUCGCCGGUUGUCGCUGGACGGCAGCGUGCGCGUGGACGACGCGGAGCAGCGCCCGUGGAACGUCGGCAUUAUCCCGCAGACCUGCGUGCUCGCGCCCGCCCCCCCUCAACCCACUGCCCCCGCACUUCCCGCGCGCGAAACCUUCGUUACAGCAUAACGCGGCCAUUUCCGCUCGCUCUCCGUUCCCUGCGGCCCCUCGAGCGCCCACUUUGGCGACCUCUUGGGCGACCCUUAUGACGAAUCCGACGCCGCGUUUCCCGUGAUUCUGGAUAACGCGCCGUUGGAGGCGGUGGAGGUGGGCGCCAAGGAGCGCGACCCCGGCGACGUGUUCCCCGUGCUGCCGCUGCUCGCGCUGCCCGUGCGCCUGCGCCCGGGGCUGGGGUCGGAAGUUUCGUGGAAGCUCGUCGUCGUGGCGGCGGAUGACCCGUCGGUCGCGGAGGGGGAGAUAGCGGCCGUGGCGGCGACGACGCUGCCGCGAGUCACGGAGUGGGCCGACGCGGGAGGGUUCACGGCUGUGGGCCCGGACCCAUGGCGGAUCCCCGAAUCCCCGCAGCGCGACGACGAGGGGGACUGGGAGGAAUCUGCGCGGAAGGCGCUGCGCGUGGUGCGCGAGGCGCACAGCGCGUGGAGCCUGCUCGCCGCGACGCUCCGCCGCCCCUCCCUGCAGCGGCAGCAGCGCGUGAGCGAGCGCGCCGUGGAGGGCUGGAAGGAGCGGGGCGCGCUGGACUGCAGCAGCAGCCUUCUCCAGCUCGUCGCGCGACCCGCCAGCAGCAGCGGCCUCGGCGGCAGCAGCGAGUUUGGCGGUAGCGGGGGGUUUGGCGGCGGGAGGAACGGCACGAGCGGGUGGAGAGGUGGCGGGAGCACGGGCCCGACACCAGUGGGGGGAAAAGCGGCGAGCCCGAGGGGCCGGCUGUCCGUCGCCGCUUCCGCUGGUGCUGCCGCCAAGGCGGCGGCGGGCCUCGUGCCGACUCGCGGGCUUUCGAGACGCAAGCCGGCGCGGGCGCGGGAAGCACUGCACGAUGCGGAGCCGCGAGACGAAGGGCCGGACGACGGUGCCUCGCGACAACUGAGAGAGGACGGGUUAGGUGACGACGGGGCCUCGCGAGAUUCGACAGAGGACGGGCUAGACGAAGGCGGUGGCGAUCGCACGGAGGGCGACGCAGCCAAGGGCGACUAUUUCGUGACGCUCGCGGGAGGCGACGAGGAGGAGGGGAGCGAGCGCUGGGGGGCGAUGGAGUUACGGCGCGCGGAGAGUGACAGCAGCGUCGCCAGGCGCAGGGACGUGCGGCCGCUUGUUUGGCCGGGAGCCCUGCCUGUGACCGGCGCUUCCGCGCGUGCUCUCGUGUGGGGUGCCACGUGGAGCAGCCCUGGCAGCGGUGCUACGAGUGACAGCAGGAACAGUUGGGUGACUGCGGAUAGCACUCGUAGCUUCGCGCGGGCUAGCAGUGGUAACGGCGGUGAGGGAUUAGGGUCGCAGAACGUGGAGUACAGUAACCUCCUCGUUUCUGAGCGUACCGGCGAAUGGCAACGUCUCUCGUCUGGUAGGGUUGGUUCCGCUUAUGCAAGCUCUAACGGGAAAAGCGAUUUGGCUGGCGAGCUGGCAUUUGCAAACUGCAGUUACACUGGCGAGAGUGGCGAAAGUGACAGCCCUAACGACCUGAACCGAGCGGUGAGAAGCAAAUCAGACACAAAUCACCUGUGGAACAGUGGGCUGUUCGGAUUCAGUUCGUCUUUUAGCAGGAAAAGUAGCACCUCCACACCCACCUCCGCCACACCCACCUCCACCACACCUACCUCUGCCACUCCCAACCCCAACAAGAGCAGCCAGGCUGCGUGGGGCGGGCUGGACGCCAUCUUCCACAGCGGGCCACUGAUGCGGCGCAGCCGGUCCGUGAAGGAGGGCGGUGACAAGCAGCAGCAGCACAUCACCAAGGCGCACAGCCUGGGCUGGCAGGGCAAGGCUGCUGGUGGUGGUUCUGGUGGCAGUAAUAAGGGCUUUGCUCCAUCUCGUGACAGGGACGAUACUGCUGCUGCUUACGAAAACACUGCUGUUAGCUGCUAUGGCAUGGUGAAGGGCCGCAGACCGGAGAGGUUGGUGGUGCAUGGGGAGGGGUGGGGGGAAGAGGAGAGCCAGGAGCAUUACGAGGCGGGGCAUGGCGGCAGGCAGCCCUUCACCCCACCGCUGGCUCGGUCAAGAACCGACCCUCACAGCUUGGAAUCAGGACAAGGCGGGUAUGCCCGUGAUUCAAGCAGAGGGGGGUAUGACCGUGAUUCAAGCAGAGGGGGGUAUGACCGGGAUUCAAGCAGAGGGGGGUGUGACCGUGACCGAAGUGGCUUGUCCCCCGGUGGUGCUCGUGGUGCUGCAAGCCCGAUCUCUCCUUCCGAGCACCUGCCUGAGAUCACUCGCCGGUGGAGCCUCUCCUCCCACAUUCCUCCCCUCAAGCACCUGUGGAGCCGCAGCGGCCGGGAUGUGUUCUCCUCACCCACUGGCACUGAAGCCAGUGCCCGUGGCUCCCAGGGUGGUCAGAGCGCUCACGGUGCGCAUGGUUGGGGUAACUGGGGCGAGCAGCAGCAGGCGGAUGUGGCGGGCGAGCUGCCUUGGCUGCACCAGGACCACGUCAUGCAGCCACACGCCUCCCACGCUUCCCAUGCCUCCCACGCUUCCCAUGCCUCCCACGCUUCCCAUGCCUCCCAUGCUUCCCAUGCCUCCCACGCUUCCCAUGCCUCCCAUGCUUCCCAUGCCUCCCAUGCUUCCCACGCUUCCCACGCUUCCCAUGCCUCCAAUGCUUCCUCGCGCUCCAGAAUUGGCCGCAGCGUGUCGUACGAUGACCCAGCCACGAAUAGGGCAGCAGUUGUUGAAGCCAUGUCACCGGAUUUAAGGAAACUUGUCUUUGCCAAGAGCUUGUCGCACAAGCCCAACAGCCGAGCAGUACUACCACCACGGUGCCUCGACCGCACACAAGCUCCGAAAGUAGGGGAUAUGGAGGGUUUGGGGGGUCAAGAGGUGGUGAUGCGCACGAUGUGCAAUCCCGACCGCCCAAGUCCCCUAUGACUAAGUGGCCCGUUGCGUUUGCACAAGGGGAUGCUGCUAGAGGCUGAAAAGUGAAGAGCAUGGACAGAAGGUUGCAGUAUAUGAGUGUUUGCGUUUGCGUUUGUAGAUGCCAGUAGAUGCUUGUAGAUAGGUACAUAGUAUUAGAAGAGCUAACUUGUAAGAGGAGCCAUGAAAUAACGUGAGGUUUUAGGAAGUAGAAAUUGACGAGAGAGAAGAGGGUUUGACUAGAAGAGGGGGAUACAAGAAGGGGGGUUUGUCAACUUAUACAUGUGUUGUA